CGCUUAAUCAUUUUUCUCUCUUUGGUGAUUAUUUUGUAAUUUUUAUUAGCAUGCUCAUGAGAUUUUUAGGGUUUCUAUUUGUUCUAUUAAUGGUUUUGGAUCGAUUGCUUCAUCCUGAUAUGGUAAAUGAGCAAAAACAAGCAAGGAAAUGGUUAAAAUAUAUGUAUGAUUUUUGUGUGAUUUAUUUCUUUUCAUUAUAAAGGCCCCUUUGAUUCUCACGGCGAUGCAUAGUGAGAUCGAUUUUGUGAGAAACCUCCUUGAAUCAGAGGCAAAUGGGAGCAAAGUUCUGAUCCUUAUUUCAUUCCCGCUCUUUUGAAUUUUGAUAUGAUUUCUCUUGCUUGGAAUCUAGGUUGCAGCCGAAUAUUUUAGUAGAAAUAUUAACAUACCUACAACCGCACUACAUUCUCUUGGAAAUUAUUAAUUCCAAGAUAUAAAAAAAAAACAUUGGUCCCCAAAACUAUACUCCCCUUUUUCUCAACUUCUGUUUUUAUUAAAUUGAGUAUUUCUCACCACAUAAAUUGAAAGAUUUGUAAAAUUUACCUAAUCCAAUUUACCCUAUAUUUUAUAGAGUGAACUUGCAAGUUUUAAUUCAAUCCAAUUUCUAAUUAUUCCCAAUACAUGCAACAUCAUCUUACCUUUUUCUUUCGAAAUUCUAGAGCAUAAAUGUGGUUGUGUAUGGACGAUGAUUCAUAAUCUAGGCCUUACAUAAAUUGAUUCGGAAAAUUCACCUUUUAUGGCCAUUUUUACCUUUUACAUUAUAUAUUUCAUUAAAUAGGAAGAUAAUGUUGGUAGUGAAGACAAUCCAAAAGCCAUAAGAAUAAAAAGGAGAAAAAAUAAUGUGAAUUACAUAGGCAAAUUGGUUAUAUGAUAUAAGGCUUUUCCCCCUCUUUCUAUCAGUCCUUUUUUAGCCGAAUUCCUUCGCAAGUAUGAUUAUUUGUAUUUAAGCUAGCUUUAGAACAAACAAACUGAGCUUAAGCUUGAUCUUUCAAGUUUAAUAGAUAAGAGAUUUAUCUUUAGGUGAUUUUGAUUUGAAGUUUAUCAAAUUUAGGUUAAGUUUGAACUCGAAAAUAGGUUAUAGAUAUUCAAAUAAAGAACAAAUUGGUUAAUGAAGAUAAAUUGCUCAUAAGAAACUUUGACUGACCAUAGAAGGAAUAUAGAAAUAAAGAAUUUUCAUGAAUAAAUUUUACAAUUGUGGAGUGUAUUGCACAUUCUUUAUUAUUACUAAAAUGAAUAAGUAUAUUCUUUUCUUUUCUUUUUCAAUCCUUUUUUUCUUUUGAAUUUUUACAUUUAGAUCCUUAUUUUGUCUUUUCAUGGAAUCUUCCAAUUAAACAUUUUAAAUUUUUAUGUCUCCAAAAUUUUAAGCAUUCCAAAUUUACAUUGAAUUCUUAACUUGAAACCAUGACUCGAUUUUUUUAUAGCUAGCAUUAGUAACUAUUCCAUUUUUUCUUCUUUGAAAUGGUGUGGAGCAGGCAUAGGCUCCAACAGAGGAUUCUUGAGGUGUUCGAUGAAUGCCUUCCUUCAAUGAGGAAGAGAAAUUGGCGGCUCUGAAAGGUUACAAGAUGGUGCUCAUCAUGCCGUCAUACACGAGCCUUGAGAGGAGGGUCGUCAUGAGGGUGUAUGGCACAAAUUUGGUGCUGACUAACCCUACCAAAGAGAUGGGCGGAACCGUGAAGAAAGUGUAUGAACUUAUGGAGUCCUAUCACGACACCUUCAUGCUUCAGCAGUUUGAGAAUCCUGCAAAUGAUAAGAUCCAUUUUGAAACCGCUGGUCCUGGGAUAUGGGAAGAUACUCUAAGGCAAGUCGACAUCUUUGUUAUGGGAAUAGGGAGUGGAGGUUCUGUGAUUGGUGUUUGGAGACACUUGAAAUCUGUGAAGCCUGAUGUCAAGGGGAUGGAACCUACAUUGUGAUUAACAAGAGAGUCAAAUUAAAAAAAGGAUGACUGAGAUGAAUCAAGUAAUUAAUGAUGGUAAUGGAAUAUCCAACACUCGGUUUUGAUUGAAAGCAUCACCUAAGUCCCUGACCCCUUCUGUAUGUUGUCUUAGAACAUUCUUUUUGAUAGCAACUCACUGGGAUUGAACAAUUAUCUCCUUGAAAAUUUUUUAUUAGGGUAAAAUGUAUGUAUAGUCCCUGUACAAUUCCAAUAUUACAACUUAGUCCCAAUAUUUUUGUGCCUGUUUCAAUAUAGUUACAUUAA